AUGCUUAAAUUUGCGAUAUAUUUACUAUUGGCUGCAUUUGCCUGGGGUGAAGUCGAGAAAACUUUGGUAUUUUCUCGACCUUAUUUGGAUUUCUACCCCCAUCUGGGUCCAUAUCGUUUGUGCACCUACAAAAGUGUGGACUAUGAGAAAUGUGUUUACACUGUUAAUACGGCCAAAUCGAAUUCCGUUGUUUUGCCUAUGGAAUGUGUGCAAAGGGAUUCGCGUGCUAAUUGCAUUCGCUCGGUACGUGAUGGUUCAACAGAUAUGACAGUGUUAACGGGACAUGGUUAUAAGGAGGCAAGAAAUGUGGGUUUACGACCAGUACUUUUUGCCCGUGAAGAUGAUAGCAGUUUGUCCAUAGCUGUGGCACCAAGAAAUAUAACAGUGGUGGAUUUGCAUGACGCGACAAUUUACUACAACCACUCUGUGCAUCGUGAAUUUCAUGCUGCUGUGUUCUUUAACCUUAAACGGGGUCACAGCAUUUGUGGCUUCACCAAUGUCAAUUUGGGUCCCUACAUUCGCAUUGAAGAUUCCGCUACAUAUCAGCCAAAUGAUGAAGAAGUUCUCAUAUGCCCCAAUCGUUUUCCAGGCGAAUUUAGAGAUUAUCCUCAAUGUAAUGUUGAGGCUGGCCUACAGAGGGCAGUGUUUGUAAGAUCGACAAUACCACAGCAUAAAGUGCGUAAAAUGCAAAAUAUGUUUGAGACUAUUUUACAACGUUUUGGACCGGAAACAUCCUUUAAUUUUCUGGAUACAUUUUCGGGAAGGGAUAAUGUGAUCUUUAAGAAAAACACCAUUGGCAUAGAUUUGCAACCCACUUAUCGUAAUGGCGUCAAUGAGAAUGUUUUCAAUUAUCUCCAUUGUAAUGAUGAUGAACAGCCCCACGACCCAAAAAGUCUGUUGUAAAUAGAUUCCAGCCUCAAAUUCAAACAUUUUCCCUUGUUUUUUCGCAAAAAAUGUUUGAGAAAGUAUUUUAUAUGGCUAUAAUAAAGAGAAGUAACGCCUGGGUUCGAAUCCUGGCAAGAACAUCA